AUGGACGCCCUUGUCUCCAAGUAUGGAGGCUCUGACCUGGAUGACCUCAACAUCCUUGAGGAAGACGAGGAUGAAGUUACCUCAAGCCUGCCACAAUCAGUUUCUUUCAUACUUCCUCCAAUAGACUCGCCCGCCAAGUUCCUUCGGGCGAUGACAGAUGACCACACGAACCCCAGCGCCCCGAUAAAGCUGAAGCACGGUACUACGACAUUAGCAUUCAAGUACCAGGGUGGAGUUAUCGUCUGUACAGACUCUAGGGCUACUCAAGGCUCGUGGAUUGCUUCGCAGACAGUGAAGAAAGUUAUCGAGAUCAAUCCAUAUCUACUGGGUACUAUGGCUGGUGGUGCUGCUGACUGUCAAUACUGGCUUACAUAUCUCGGGAUGGAAUGCCGUCUUCACCAGCUCCGUCAUAAGCGAUUAAUAUCUGUUGCCGCCGCUAGCAAGAUUUUAGCCAAUCUUGUCUACUCUUACAAAGGAAUGGGUCUUUCCAUGGGAACCAUGUUGACCGGUGUCGGCCAUGGUGGAGUUUUUGGUCUUUACUACGUUGAUAGCGACGGUAACCGCGUUGAAGGCAAUCUGUUCUGUGUUGGAUCUGGCCAGACAUUCGCCUAUGGUGUGCUAGAUCGGGGAUACAAGUGGGACCUGACGGACGAGGAGGCGCUCGAGCUUGGACGACGAAGUAUCUUGGCGGCUACACAUCGUGAUGCCUACUCUGGUGGUUACCUUAACUUGUAUCAUAUCCAGAAAGACGGAUGGGUUCACCACGGAUUCGAUGACACAAACCCUGUAUUCUGGAAACAGAAGUUGGAGAAGGGAGAGUUCCAAAAUGUUUCUACUUCUUUGGAUUAA